AUGAGGCUAAAGCUGGAGUGGCAGAGGAGACGUCACUGCGAGGAGCUGGAGUGGCAGAGGAGACGUCACUGCGAGGAGCUGGAGUGGCAGAGGAGACGUCACUACCAGGAGCUGGAGUGGCAUAGGAGACGUCACUGCCAGGAGCUGGAGUGGCAGAGGGGACGUCACUGCGAGGAGCUGGAGUGGCAGAGGAGACGUCACUGCGAGGAGCUGGAGUGGCAGAGGAGACGUCACUGCGAGGAGCUGGAGAAGCAGAGGAGACGUCACUGCGAGGAGCUGGAGUGGCAGAGGAGACUGCACUGCGAGGAGCUGGAGUGGCAGAGGAGACGUCACCGCGAGGAGCUGGAAUGGCAGAGGAGACGUCACUGCGAGGAGCUGGAGUGGCAGAGGAGACGUCACUGCCAGGAGCUGGAGUGGCAGAGGAGACAUCAUUGCCAGGAGCUGGAAUGGCAGAGCAGAGGAGACGUCACUGCGAGGAGCUGGAGUGGCAGAGGAGACGUCACUGCGAGCAGCUGGAGUGGCAAAGGAGACGUCACUGCGAGGAGCUGGAAUGGCAGAGGAGACAUCAUUGCCAGGAGCUGGAGUGGCAGAAGAGACUGCACCAUCAGGGCUGCAGGACCAGAACAGACGGCACCAGCAGGAGUGGAAGGAUCUGGAGCGGCGCCCCGGCCGCUCGGCUAG